AUGGCCGUCAAGACCGUGGACAUCACCCCCUUCCCUGACCAAAAGGCCGGCACGUCUGGUCUCCGGAAGAAGGUCACCACUUUCCAGCAGAAGCACUACACCGAGGCCUUCGUGGCCAGCAUCCUGCUCUCGAUCCCUGAGGGCGCCCAGGACGCAUUCCUUGUUAUCGGUGGUGAUGGCAGAUUCUACAACACCGAAGCCAUCCAGCUCAUUGCUCGCAUUGGAGCUGCAUACGGCGUCAAGAAGCUGUUGAUCGGACAAAAUGGCAUCCUGAGCACCCCUGCAGCUAGCCAUGUCAUUCGUAAGAGACAGGCGACUGGGGGGAUCCUGUUGACUGCAAGUCAUAACCCUGGAGGCCCGAACGCUGAUUUUGGUAUCAAAUACAAUCUCUCAAACGGAGCUCCCGCCCCGGAAUCAGUGACAAACAAAAUCUAUGAAGUAUCAAAGUCUUUAACCUCAUACAAGAUCGAAGACCUUUCGGAGGUUAAACUCUCGGAAAUUGGCAUCCAGCAGUAUGGAUCCUUGGAGGUCGAAAUCAUUGACUCGACCGCCGAUUACGUCGAGAUGUUGAAGGACAUCUUCGACUUCGACCUGAUCAAGUCUUUCUUGCAGAGCCGCCCUGAUUUCAAGGUCCUGUUUGAUGGCCUCCACGGCGUUACCGGACCAUACGGAGUCGCCAUCUUCCAAAAAGAACUUGGUCUACCCACUUCCAGCACCCAGAACUGCGUUCCAAGCCCCGAUUUCAAUGGUGGCCACCCAGAUCCCAACCUGACCUACGCCAAAUCGCUGGUGGAUGCAGUCGACAAGGAUGGUAUUCAAUUCGGAGCGGCCAGCGACGGCGAUGGUGACCGCAACAUGAUCUACGGUGCCAACGCGUUUGUUUCUCCAGGCGACAGUCUUGCCAUCAUCGCCCAUCAUGCUAAACUUAUCCCGUACUUUCAGAAGCAAGGCGUCUACGGCCUGGCCCGCUCCAUGCCGACCUCCGGCGCUGUCGAUCGAGUUGCCAAGGCACAGAAUCUCCAAUGCUACGAAGUUCCGACUGGUUGGAAGUUCUUCUGCGCGUUGUUCGACAAUAAGAAGAUGUCAAUCUGUGGAGAGGAGAGUUUCGGUACUGGCAGCAACCAUAUUAGAGAGAAGGAUGGCCUCUGGGCCAUCGUUGCCUGGCUCAACAUCAUUGCUGGUUAUGCAAAGUCUCACCCUGACAAGCCAUUGAGCAUUGCUGCCAUCCAGCAGGACUUCUGGAGCAUCUAUGGACGCACUUUCUUCACCAGAUAUGAUUACGAAGAUGUUGAUAGCAACGGAGCAAAGAAGGUCAUCGACGACCUGGCUGAGCUUGUCAACCAGAAAGAUACUUUUGUUGGCUCCACAAUCUCCGGCCGAAAGGUCUCUGGAGGAGGCAACUUCUGCUAUACCGAUCUGGAUGGCAGUGUGAGCAAGAACCAGGGGUUGUUCGUCACCUUUGAUGAUGGCAGCCGCAUCGUUGUCAGACUUUCUGGAACUGGCAGCAGUGGUGCUACCAUCCGUCUCUACAUUGAGCGUCACGAGAGUGACUCAAAGGAGAUCCUUAAGGAUGCUCAGGACUACCUAAAGGACAACGUCGCCCUCGCUGUUAAGCUUCUCAAAUUAAAGGAGUAUAUUGGGCGUGAGGAGCCCAAUGUCAAGACCUAA